AUGGACGGGGGAGACUCACUGGGGCCUGAGAUCUUCAUCGAGGAGAUGAUGUUGUUGAUGGGCCAAACGCUGGCCAAGAUGGAGAUUGACGACCAUUACCAAGUGAUCCGCCAGAUCGGUGCGGGGACAUUUGGCACCGUGCAGCUCGUCAGGCACAGGCAACAAGGUACUCUGAUGGCCCUGAAGCUGAUGGAGAAGGGGCGGACGGAGGUGAGGGGUUUCCUGAGGGAGUACAGCACUGGCCUCUUCCUCUCCCCCCACCCCUUCAUCACCUCUGCAUUUGGUAUCGCCUUCGAGUCCAGCGAACAUUACGCCUUCAUGCAGGAGUUUGCCCCAAUGGGGGACCUCUUUGACCUCAUCCAACCUCUGGUUGGUAUCCCACAGGCCGCAGCUAAGCGUUGUGGCCUACAGCUCUCUCUGGCCUUGGAUCACCUGCACCAGAGAGGCCUGGUCCACCGCGAUGUCAAGCCUGACAACGUUCUCCUCUUCGACCGCGAGUGCAGGCACGUGAAACUCUCCGACUUCGGCCUGGUCCGCCGAGAAGGUCUCAGGCUUCGGCCUGGCAGUGACCAGGGCCCUUAUGCCCCUCCGGAAAUUGUCCCGGGGGUGAGAGGGGCCCGCGUGGCCAGGCCCGAGGACGCCUGGGCCUUCGGUGUGCUAAUUUACGUCCUACUGACUGGGAAUUUCCCCUGGGAGAGAGCCACAGACCUCGAUCCGCGCUUCCAGGCCUUCAAAGCCUGGCGAAAUAGGCCGGAAGGCUUGCAACCACCCCCGGAGUGGGCCGGGGUGGCCCCGGGGGCUUGCAGGAUGCUGAAGGGCCUACUGGCCUUUGAUCCUAAGGAGAGGGCCCCGGUAAAAGUGGUUCGCGAUCAUAUUAGGGAGCGCUGGGCGGUUGGAGCCUGUACAGAAGGUCCAAUAUCGGGUUGA